UAAAUCCUCACCUAGACGGGGGAGUAGCAGUCGAAGCGGUGGAAGCUGAGCUUGAAGAUGUUGUUAUUGCGGCAACAGGGGACUCGUCGACAACAAGUGUGUAUGAUGCCACUCGUUUCUUGUGCACCCAUCAUUGACUUUUCUCUUAUCUUUUGAGCAUCCUGUCAUGUUGUGUCCACUGCUACCAAUUUCGAGAAGUAUUAUAGUAUUUUGUGACACAUCUUCGAAAAUUAAUAGACGUCUAAAGACAACCCAAUCUCUCUUUAGACGCUGUUCAUUUUUGGCGGAAUAAUAUAAUUAUAAGUUCUCGUUUAAGAUUUAAUUUAAUUGAAGUUUACAGUAGUAGGUAAAUGGGCCCGGAUUGAAAAGACCCUAAAGAUCCGUAGUUAGUUUGAGCCUAUGUGCUUGUUUGCUAUUGGUCACAUUUUAGUGGCGUGAAGCAUGUAAUAUAAACCGAAACUUCUAGGGAACUUCUUGUUUUUUAAAUCCCACCAUCCACCCCCUAUGCUCCACCAGGUCGAAGCGAGGUUCUAUGGCCGAGAACUACGGUUCCGUCCUCCCUCCAUUGGCUCGGUUGUGUGUAGGAUGUAGUCUUUCCAUAUUGGGUCUGUCGACUAUCUUCAUAUCUUCGAUAUUCAGGCUUCGUGUGGUUAGCGUAGGUAACACUCGCAACAGAUUGCGUUAUCGUGCAUUACACUCUCGUCCACCUGUAUUAUUACUAAAAAAUGAAAGCAAUUUUUCUUCAGAGAGUAUUCUAUCGCUACGAUUUAAAGGAAAAUAUUACUUGCUUAGGUGUAUCUAGUGCAAAAAUUGGUAGAAAACUGAUAUUGAAAUUUGAAGUUCAGAUCUUCAAUAUCCAAAAAAAUUUGAUUUUAUCUACUUUUUUCAAAUUUAAAUUCCUGACGAUGAGAUAACUUGCCAUGAUGAAAGUUAUUGACUUCGAAGAUUUAAUUUUGAUUAGGCUAUUGUGAGCUGCUCUGAUAAGGAAAAAUCUUCGUUAUUUUAUCAGAUUCUAUAAUUUUCUAGAGAUAGGUGUGAUGACAAUGAAUAGUUCAAAGAUUUUUCAACUUUGGAAUUCUUGGAACGAAAUUUUUUUUAGGAUUUACUACAUUUUUUGAAAACGAAUAGCAUAAAUUGCUCGCUCGUAGUGGUGAUUUUUUCUUUCUGCUCGGCAAGAAUCAGAAAGCCAUCGGAAUUUUAGAGAAAUUACACCUUUUGAAAUCAUUCAUGAUGGAGUAAAAAUAUGCUAAUCUAAAUCUUCUAGUAGGUCUUUCUACUAACUCUAACACAUCAAAAGAGUACCAAGAACAAGCACCAUCAACAUAAAAGCGUCUUUCCUCGAACUACACAACCAUGGUGAAACUUGCCGAAAGCAGUGACGAGGA